AACGCCCUUGACCGCCUAUAUAUAUACUACACGCUGAACAUACAUACACACUCAGGUGCAGCAGCAGGUUAGCUGGUUGGGUUGAGAAUCGCUUGAGAGGAGCAGCAGAGCACAAACGGGCGCGGAGAAGACAUGAGGUUACUAGCUGGGAUCGUGAGGCUUGUUGCUGUGGUGUUCAUGGUGGUCGUCGGCUCAUCGCUUCACCAGGCGGUAGGAGUUGGUGCUAUCAGGCUGCACGACAGGAGGACGCACGGGGAGCAGUGGGCGGAGGAGAGGAUGCAGAUGAGGUCCUACAUGACCAUGGACUACUCCCGCGUCAAGCGGCGCACGCCCAAGCACAACUGAUCCAGCAAGCUGGCUACAAGAAGCCUUCAACCCUCUUCACAUCUAGGCUCCGGCGGCAGCAGCGACCGUCCGCUGAAAUUUGAUCCGCCUUCUUACGUCUUCAGUGUGUGUAUGUAUGUAUCCGGCGCGCAGAUGUGUGCGCGCAAAUUUUGCCCCCUGACCAAAUGUUAGUACUAGCCUAAUCACUAGGAUAUAUACAUACGCAGUUAUAGUAACUAGUAAGUACUCCUGUAACUUACACACACUGUAUAUGUGUGCGGAGUACUUACUAGUAGUGUUCAUUUUGUUCUUUUGGUGAAGCUGUGCUUAAUCUCCUGUAAGUUUUGAGGUGGUCAUGUACUCAGCAUGCAUGUCAAUCAUAAUGGAACCGGACAAGUCCACUGAAGGAGCAUUCGCUA